AUGGCGUCGCGCGCCCUGUCUCUGCGGCUGGUGCUAUCCCUGCUGCUGAGCUUCUACCUGAACCUGGCAUAUGCCGUCUCCAGCCAAGAGCCCUUGAAGCCCCUGGAAGCACGAGGCUAUGCGAUCGGGGAGGCAGUCCCCGUCUCCUGCCUGAAUAGGACCAUCGACACCGGCGAACAUAGCGCGAUACAGAUCACAGAUGCGUCGGGACAGCUCCAAUACAUCCCUUUCCCGGUCUGCAACGAGACGGGCAAGCCUCUGGAGCUCUAUUUCGGCAUCGAAAAAGAAAUGAACUGCACGAUCGACUUCAUCUCCGACCCGCUAUUCCAUCUGCUCGAAUUCUACGUCCACAACGACGCACCGCUCACCUGCCGCAUCCCCGCGCGCCCUCUCCCCUCCUCCUCCUCCACAAACGACGACGACGGCGACGGCGGCAAGAAGAACGGCGAAUACAGCGUGGACGCGGUGUCGGAGACGAGCGGGGCGCUGGGCGGGCAGAGCGCGCGCUACACGCCGCUCAUCGUGGCGCUGACGGGCACGCUGCAGCUCUCGCACCUGCACAUCUCCAACCACCUCAACAUGCUGCUGCACGCGGCGCCCCGGAGCGUCGCGCCCGGCACCAUCGACGCCGCCGCCGCGUACAGCGUGUCGCACGCGUCCAAGAACACCAAGAUCGUCAUCGGCGACAGCCUCAGCCUCAAGCUCAGCGUCCGCUGGUACCCCAGCCCCGUCCUGCCCAGCGGCUGGGCCGGCGUCGGCGGCCACGUCUACAUGAGCACCGUCGUGUAUUGCAUGCUGAGCGCCGGCGCGGCGACGGCCGUGUGUUUUGCGUGGUUCAGGGGGGUGGAGCUGCCGAGGAGGCUGAAGAGGCACGGGAAGGAUAGGGCGAUUGGCGUCGAGAGUCAGAGGGGCUAUAGCGGUUAUGGUCUCGGUGGUGGUGGUGGUGGUGGUGGGUAUGGCUAUGGGGGUGGGAAGCGGGAUUGA